AUGAAUCCUUUUACAUUAACUUUUGUAGACAAAAAUUUAGAGAAGAAAUAUAAAGAGAGUUAUUCACUUGAAUUAUUCAACGCGUUCAAAUAUACAAUAGCAUUAAUGUCGAUAUCAAAUAUUACUUUGAGCAUUUUUUGGAUUCAAAGAAAUGAAAUAUUUAUAGGCACAAUGUUAGUAGGAUUCAGCUGUUUAUGGACAAUAACUUUUUACUACCUAAGGAUGAAAUAAUAACUUAUCUCUGCAGUUGGGUACUUGAUUUCAUCUUUUAGUUUAUUGGCAUCCUUUUAUCAUUUGAUUCCUAUAUAUUACCCUGAUUUCUAGGAUGAAUAGUAUGUUUGGAUUUUCGAUAUUUCCUAGUUUUUGGGUUUGAAUUUCGCUCUAACCCCUAAUUUUAUUUUAAAUUAACUAUUAUAGAUGACUUACGCAUUUUUAAGAUUGUUUAUGCAUAACUAUAAGAACUUACACGCAUACACGUUCAUUUUCCUGCUCUACUUAAUACUUUUUUGGUAAAAAGAAUAUUUUCGAUAAAAACACAACAGAACACUGUUUUUAUUAAAUGAGCAGUAAAAAUCCUCAUUUUCAAUAUGGGAUGAAUUAAUCGAUGAAAAAAUAGUGUUAUUAGCAUAUAAUGAGCAAUGGGAGAGAAUUGAAUUGCUACAUGCUAACAAAUCAAUGAAUGAAUUUAUUUAAGUCGAAAAUAAAGAUUUUCUCAAUGAUUUUAAGGUGAUUAAUACUAAAAUAAGUCUUAAUUAAUAUCUACAGGAGAGAGUCAGGGAUUAAUCCGAUAAUUUUAAGAUAAAAGUUAUACACACAUAAUUGAGAGAGAAAUUCAUAGUCAAAGGUCUAAUAAAAAAAUUAGUAGAAAUUAAAAUUACAAUAAAAUUUUCAGAAAGCUAAUCCUUUCUGACUUAGGAAUGGAAUAAUAAUUCUUAUCUAAAAGUAUUAUAAAGAAUUAAAAAGACCGAUCACGUCCUAUAUUAUAAGGAGAAUUUGAGAAAUUUGCUUUACACUUCCUAUUAUGUAAAAGAAAGGGUAGUAGAAUCAGUAGAAGAGUUGAAAUAUUACAAAUUGAGAUUAUUCCUAGAUCAAAUUUUAAAAAAAGGCAACAUUUACAUAAAUUUCUAAAUAAAUAAAUUUUUCACAGUUCUCCCUUUAUUUUUCACACUAAUUUCAUGUUUGAUCAAAAUUUACAAUACACAUGAGAUCUGUUUGAAAUAACAGAGCUUAAAUGACAUUCAAAUAAUAAUAUAUGGAAAGGAAAUGGAUUUUCCGAUUCACAUAUAAAAAGCUUGUGAGAAGAUAAUUAGCAACUUACUUUGUUAAAUAGGAUAAGACAAUUGUAAUUACCAAAUGGAGUUUUGCUCUUUGAUUUUAGUUAAUCAAUUAGAGAUGACUCAAAGAAAUGAUUAAUUAGUAACAUUCAGCAAUAUUAUGUGA